UCCACCUUGCAUUGUAACAAUGGCAAUCAUUAAUGGUGAUUCUUUCCCUUACUUAAUCUUCUUCUUUCUGUGGCUCAUCUCAGGCUUUCUACUAAAAUACCACUUCAAGAAACCCAUUAAGCCGAUUCUCCACCUUCCUCCAAGCCCACCAUCCCUUCCAUUUAUUGGUCACCUCCACCACCUUGGUAGAGUGGGAUUCAAAUGCUUCCAUAAUCUUGCAACUAAACACGGCCCUCUCCUCUCUCUCCACCUUGGUUCUCUUCCUCUCCUUGUGGUCUCAUCAGCUUCAUAUGCUGCUGAGAUCUUCAAAACCAAUGACCUCACCUUCUCAAAUAAACCCAAAACUCCUUUCGAUGAAGGGUUAUUAUUUCAGAACUUUGGCUUCAUUAGUGCUCCAUAUGGAGACUACUGGAGAUUCAUGAAAAAACUCUGUGUGACAGAAUUAUUAGGAACCGGAAUGAUUGAAAGAUCCCGUAGCGUUCGAGGGGAAGAACUCCAGGGUUUCUUGCAGAAAAUGGUGGAGAAAGCUUGUAAAAAUGAGAAUGUUGAUCUGGAGAAUGAGUUAAUGAAGCUAAUGAAUAACAUUAUAUGCAGAAUGGUAAUGAGCACAAGGUGUUCAGAGGAAGAAGACGAGGCUCAGAGGUGUAAGGAGCUGGUGGAAGGGUCGAUGGAACUCGCUGGAAAAAUGGCUGUAGCUUACUUUCUGGGUCCUUUGAAGAAAGUAGGUUGUUGGGUGUUUAGAAAACAGCUAAAAGAGAUACCUAGACAGAUUGAUGAGUUGCUGGAGAAGAUUUUGAAGGAGCAUGAAGAAAGAGCUAAGAGAGAUGGUGGUGAGGGAGAAGGUAAAGAUUUGAUGGAUAUUCUGCUGAAAGUAUAUCAAGAUAAAGAUGCUGAGUUUCAGAUAAGCAGGAACCAUAUGAAGGCCUUCUUUGUGGAUCUCUUCAUUGCAGGAACACAUACUUCAGCAGAUAGCACGCACUGGGUCAUGGCACUGCUCAUCAAUCAUCCAAAUGUAUUCAAUAAACUGAGAGGGGAGAUAGAGUCAGUAGUUGGAAAAAAUAGACUAGUGGAAGAGUCUGAUAUUCCAAAUCUUCAUUAUUUGCAAGCAAUAGUGAAGGAAACUUUGAGACUAUACCCAUUAGGACCUUUCAUACCUAGAGUUAGUUGUGAAGAUUGUAAAAUUGGAGGAUUUGAUAUACCCAAAGAAACUUUAGUUCUGAUCAAUUUAUAUUCAAUAAUGAGGGAUCCAGAGAUAUGGGAUAAUCCUGAUGAGUUCAAACCAGAGAGGUUCUUGGUUUCCCAUAAAGAAACUAAUAGGCAAAAUCACUUAUUGGGUUAUGUUCCCUUUGGUGGGGGAAGGAGGAUGUGCCCUGGUUCACACUUAGCUUUAACCAUAAUUCACAUUACUGUUGCGUCUAUGGUUCAGUGCUUUGAUUGGAAGGUUCCGGGUGAAGAUGGAGAUGGAGAUGGAGGAAAGGUUAACAUGGAAGCUAAAUCAGGCGUGAUUAUGUCCAUGGCUCAUCCAAUUGUGUGUCUUCCUGUGGUUCGCUAUAACCCAUUUGCUGCUUAAAUCAGGCAUGAUAAAUGUAUUGAAUCAUAAAUAACUUAGUUUUUUUUUUUUUAAGCAGUAAAUUUUAUUAAAUUAUAAUAAAUGUCAGAAAAAGGCUCUCCCGUACGCCCAGCCAUCAUGUCUUUGUAAUUCUCAGUAAGGAUAAUGCAUUUCUAUUAAUGUUGGAGUA